GCUGCGGGAGUGAGCGCCGCGCUCCGGGAUCCCCAGCCCCGCGCGUUCCCGAGCGCCCGGCCCCACACGGACCCUCCGGCCCGGGAACAGGAGCGGAGCCCGCUUGCCCUGCUCUGCAGCUCGAGCAUGAGUCGAGAGGGCUGAGCGAGAGGGCGGUGCUCGGCGCGGCAAGCUGUUUCCUUGGCUUCUCUAAAUGACGAUUCCUGACUUGUGGCCCUGGCAAUCUCAGGAAAACAUCAUCCAAUUUCUUCAAUCCAGACCCCAGGGGUCCCCUUUUCUCCAGAGUCAUCUCCAGGCAGCUGGGACACGUUGACUGAACCACUUUUGAGGACACUUCAUUCAGGAAGACAUGGUGGUAAACCCUGGCCCUAACUCUUCAUGAUUGAAGAACUCUUUUGCACAACACAAAGCACUCCACAAGAGUGAAUGACAUGUCCAGCUCGGGGUGUCGUUUCUGAAGGGAGGAGCCUUUCUCUUGGAGAGGAUCCUCAAUGAGCCUGGCUGAGGCCCGGGAUCUCUGUGAAGUGGACUAAGGAUUAAGUAGGAUGUCAACUGAGACAGAACUUCAAGUAGCUGUGAAAACCAGCGCCAAGAAAGACUCCAGAAAGAAAGGUCAGGAUCGCAGUGAAGCCACUUUGAUAAAGAGGUUCAAAGGUGAAGGGGUCCGGUACAAAGCCAAACUGAUUGGGAUUGAUGAAGUUUCCGCAGCUCGGGGAGACAAGUUAUGUCAAGAUUCCAUGAUGAAACUCAAGGGUGUUGUUGCUGGCGCUCGUUCCAAAGGAGAACACAAACAGAAAAUCUUUUUAACCAUCUCCUUUGGAGGAAUCAAAAUCUUUGAUGAAAAGACAGGGGCCCUUCAGCAUCAUCAUGCCGUACAUGAGAUUUCCUACAUUGCAAAGGACAUCACAGAUCACCGGGCCUUUGGAUACGUUUGUGGGAAAGAAGGGAAUCACAGAUUUGUGGCCAUCAAAACAGCCCAAGCUGCUGAACCUGUUAUUCUGGACUUGAGAGAUCUCUUUCAACUCAUCUAUGAAUUGAAGCAAAGAGAAGAAUUGGAGAAAAAGGCACAAAAGGAUAAGCAGUGUGAACAAGCUGUGUACCAGACAAUUUUGGAAGAAGAUGUUGAAGAUCCUGUAUACCAGUACAUUGUGUUUGAGGCUGGACACGAGCCAAUCCAUGAUCCCGAAACGGAAGAAAACAUUUACCAGGUUCCCACCAGCCAAAAGAAGGAAGGGGUUUAUGAUGUGCCAAAAAGCCAACCUGUAAGUAACAGCCAGCCAUUCGAGGACUUUGAAGAGAGGUUUGCUGUGGCCACACCGAACAGAAAACUGCCUGUGGAUUUGGAUGAGAUUCUUGAGACAGCAAAGGCUGUGACCCAAUUAGAACUUUUUGGGGACAUGUCCACCCCUCCUGAUAUAACCUCUCCCCCCACACCCGCAACUCCAGGUGAUGCCUUUAUCCCAUCUUCAUGCCAGACACUCCCGGCGAGUGCAGACGUGUUUAGUUCUGUACCUUUUGGCACUGCUGCUGUACCCUCAGGUUAUGUUGCAAUGGGCGCCGUCCUCCCAUCCUUCUGGGGCCAGCAGCCCCUCGUCCAACAGCAGAUCGCCAUGGGUGCUCAGCCACCAGUUGCUCAGGUGAUGCCGGGGGCUCAGCCCAUCGCAUGGGGCCAGCCGAGUCUCUUUCCUGCCACCCAGCAACCCUGGCAAACUGUGGCUGGGCAGUUUCCUCCAGCCGCCUUCAUGCCCACACAAACUGUUAUGCCUUUGCCAGCUGCCAUGUUCCAAGGUCCCCUCACCCCCCUUGCCACAGUCCCAGGCACAAGUGACUCCAGCAGGUCAAGUCCACAGACCGACAACUCCAGGCAGAAAAUGGGGAAAGAGAUGUUUAAGGAUUUCCAGAUGGCCCAGCCUCCGCCCGUGCCCUCCCGCAAACCCGACCAGCCCUCCCUCACCUGUACCUCAGAGGCCUUCUCCACUUACUUCAACAAAGUCGGGGUGGCACAGGACACCGAUGACUGUGACGACUUCGACAUCUCCCAGUUGAAUUUGACCCCUGUGACUUCUACCACGCCAUCGACCAACUCACCUCCAACCCCAGCCCCUAGGCAGAGCUCUCCAUCCAAAUCCUCUGCAUCUCAUGCCAGCGAUCCGGCCGCAGAUGACCUCUUCGAAGAGGGCUUUGAAAGUCCCAGCAAAAGUGAAGAACAAGAAGCUCCUGAUGGAUCACAGGCCUCCUCCACCAGUGAGCCAUUUGGGGAGCCCACUGGGGAGCCCAGUGGUGAUAAUAUAAGUCCACAGGCCGGUAGCUAGAUAGCACAGGUCUGGGAGCCAGAGCCUCUCUAUGCGAAGAUCAACAGACCUAAGAAAUAGUGUCAAUGCAAGUUGGCGGUGGGUGUAUCAAGCCUGGCAUGGAAAUCACAUCUGGACAGGCUCUCUUGUAUUCUUCCACUUCAUCUCAUUCCACAGAGAAAUUCACAAUUGCCCAGUGGAACUCAUUUCGAAGAGGGAACAACAUUUUUGGCAACCGAUGGCAGAUAUAUAUGGCAGCACAAAAAAAUAAUAAUAAUAAACCCACAAAAGUAUUUUAAAAAGCCACACCCAACAUUAAAUCACAAGUCAAGCAAAUGCUUACCUGACAGAUAUUCUAAGCUCUCCUAGCUGGGUUUAAGAUGACCCAGAAUUUGAAAUCCUAAUUCUGCUUUGUUUUCUCUACUUGUUGACCACUAUAGAGACAGAAGAUUUGGAGUGACAGACAUCCAAGAAUUACAGCAAGGUUGGCGCUGACUUUUUUAGGCAAAAAGCAAGGGUUCCUCUGGGACCACGGUAUCAUCCUCCGUAUGCCUUUUGGCAUAUGACAGUGUUUGCUCAUCGCCCCAUAGGGCCUGGUCUGCCAUUUCUCUACCCCUUUCCUUCCUUUGUCAUGUUUGAAAAUUAAUGGGUGUACAAAUUUUGUAUUGCUUUUGACUUUUUUUUAAGAUAUGGGUGAAGAAAUCUAACCGGAAGAAAAAGCCUCUUAUGAGUGAAUUAACUUAAAAUCACAAGACAAAUAAGUGGUUGACUAUUCAUUACGAACAAGAACGUUGCCAAAACAACCCUGUUGUUAUUCUGCACCCUGCUGAAGAAAGACAGUUUUCGGUUCAAAUGUUCAUUCUGUGAGUAGGAAAGGACAUCAAACCCCAUUGAUGAGAAAGAUGAAAAAUGCAUCUAAUUUCCUAAGAAGCUCUAAACUCUGAGUACAAUAAAAUAAUAUUUUUAUUUUUUUCCGAUACUUUGCUGCUGUGAUACUAUGCAGACAAGUGUCUUCUCCACGUGCCAUUUUCAAAGAAAAGUCAUUUGCCAAAUAAUUCUGGUACAAUUCUGGUCACAUGGUUUUGGAUCUUAAAAACCAGCUUUCUGAUGGAACAGUGGUAACAUAAACAUUCAGCAUAACAAACUGAUUCUGUGGUCAAAAUGGUCCAUCUCUAUCUCUUUUUGUACAUCAGAAAAUCUGAAUGGGAUUUUUAUUUUAUAACUUGAAAAAAAACCUUACCAUUAAACUCUUUAAAUAUUUAAGGGAAAUGGCUUUAAGGAGUUCUAAUGAAAAAAUUGUCAGUUUUUUUUUGUAAAUAUAAAUGUUAAUGAAAAUGCUUUUUAAUAAUGCCAUUACACUGUAGAGAAGGUAGCAGAUUGAGUGCAAGGUGUGACAAACUUAAUGAAUGGGUUCACUUGCCAGAUGUUACUCUGGAGCAUACACUAGGAAGCCGGAGUUCAGGGACAGCUGGCAGGAGCAGUUGGCCAAUCAGCAGCCAGAGAACCGGAAGGGGCGCAGGACUCCAUAAUCCAGCCCUUCUGCACAUCCUGUGUGCAGAACAGGGAAAACGGAAUUCGCGUUCACAAGGCCUGGCCUACAGAUUCCAAAACCUUCCCACCUCUCCACUCCCACCCACUUGCCCGUAAGUCACUGGACUGUAUGUGAAACAGAAGGGUUUAAGCUUCCUGUUUUUACAUUUAUGGGACAAAAAGUGCAGUGUUCGGUUCGUAUGCUUAGCACAUGAUUUUCAUAAAGAAUCUAUAUAUUUUUUGCCCUACAGAGAAUUGUUAUACAGGUCAAAUGUGUUUUCCUGAUGUUCCUAUGCAGUCACGGUAUAUUACAGUUAGUGGUUUAACAACGAGAAGCAAACUUUCAAGAAUCAUGUAAUUAAUUGGAUUUGGGGAUAAUCAUUAUUACUUUGAAAAGUAGAAUUUACAUUGAUAUGGCUCAUUUAAAUAGGCCUGUAUGCUUAGGGUCUCCAUAUCAAUAGAAACAAAAAUGAUUUGGAAGAUUGAUUUUAAAAUGAUUAUACACCUGAUGAGACAAAAACAAAGUGAUACAUCAAAGUGAUUGUUAUUAUUUGAAGACCACAUUUUAUACAACCAGGUCACUGGAAUCUAGUUUUUUCUCUGAGUAGAUAAACCAAGCAAAUGUCCAUUAGAGAAUAUAUGUAAAUAGCAUCCGAAUGUGGAAAGUCUUAAGAAACAGCAAGUGACCUCUGAAGCGGUCACAUGUUGGGCCACAAGAUUUCUCCCCGGGAAGGUGCAUACAGUUUAUGCUAAGGUAACCCCAUCACCUGAAGCAGAAAGAGGGAAAGGUGCGAUAACCAGGUGGGCUGUCCCGAAGCCAGUUCAGUGGUAUGUUCUGGAGAUAGGGAGUGAUAGGCAGUCCUGCGGGGAAGUUGCUUCUGUUGCUGUGUCUGUGAUUCUGAUUCUUUACAAGUGGUGCUAUCUUCUCCCCCAGUACAGCCGUCUUGAGUUUGUCCUGAAGUACCACACCAUUAUUCCCAUUCUUGGGGUUACUUCUGACACGUGCAUGGUGAAUCUGGCUGAUGUUGCUGUAUCAGGUACACUGUCUGGAGUUAAUUGCAGAGCAGAAGGUGACAGCCCAGUGGACUUGUCAUCAUCAUGGAACGUGAUUGAAUAUGUAGCUGAGUCUGAGACGAAAGAAGAUGCUCGUGUGAUGCCUUUCAGUGAGGGAAAGAAAAUUGAGAUUUGAAACUGCCAUCUAUAUUCUCAUUGGCAAAAUUCUGCUUUUUCUUUUCCCAAGCACUGUUUCAUGAACCCAGAAUCACUACACCCUAUCCCAGGAAUACAGUGUCAUUCCCAAACAAGAGCUGAGGUGCCAACACCAAAAGAGCAUGGGGAGCCUGCAUAGUUCUGGUUAGAUCAAUAGAAAACCCACGUGUACAACUGUUAAUUCCUCAUCCUUCACUAGCACUAAAUUUGUCACUUUAAAUUUUGAAACCAGGGAAAUGCCACCUGUCAUUCUGUCCCCAUUCCCCAGAACUCUUCAGUCUUUACAUGCCCCGAGACCUUUUUGAUAGUUCAUACUCAUUCCAGUGUCUACUGAAACCCCAUCAUGUAACGUACCGGGCACCUUCUUUUAAAAGAAAAAUGUUUACUCUGUGGGUUUGGUUCAUUUCAAUUUCUGCGUUCUGACACAUAUUUUUUUAAUAAAGAUGAGAAAGAGAAAAUGACUGUUGCAGUACAUUUCUAGACCUACUUUAACUUUACCUCAGAUGACAGUUUGUUAACAUAUAUGGACACAUUAUUUUUAACUUUAUGUACAAUGCAUUCAACAGAGCAGCGAAAUUUUUAGAAAUUUUCCAUUAAUUUCUGUAACACGCCAUGUAAAACUGUUACAAAUAAACAUGUUUGAGAACAA